CAAAAAUACUAUAUGAAUUCUAGUUUUAUUGUUUUGUAAACAAAAAGACAUUAACUUGAGAGUACAGUUGUGUGCAUUUAAUCUCUACUUUCUCCUAAAAACCUUGAAAUCGACUUUCGGAAUAAUACCGUUAUGGGACAUUGAGGCACUCUCUCUCUCAUUCGUGGAACCAUGUUAGUCAAGUCUAUAUCUAAACGCUUGUGUUUGUCCGCAAAAAAUGUGGUAUUAUAAACAAUUACAUUAAAGUGUAUCUUUUAAAAUAAGUGUUAAUAAUUACCUUGUUACGGGAUAAAUUCUAAAUAUCCUAAAUCUUAGUUAUUUUAAAUGAAUUUAUUAUAGUUAGUUCGAAUAUUGUUCAGCAUGGUUGGUUGACCAUCGAGUAGUGGAUAACAUCAAUUUUUGCGAUUUUGUGUAUGUACGAAUUCAAGUAAUUAAAACUAUAUUAUUAUUAUCAAAAAAUACCCUAAUUUAUACAGCAACAAAUAUACUUUAUUUAGAGGUAACAUACUUCAAUAUACGGUUUGUAAGUUUCACAAAAACUGCAAAUAAUCGCACACCACAAACACAUUGGAAAACCCCAAAUCUCAGUGACGCAAUUAAUAACCUCCAUUUCUUUUUGUGAUAAAAGUGCUCGUCUUAUAUUCACUCAUUUUGAUUUAAAGAAAUUUGUGUUACUUUUUUGAGUGAAUUAUUAUUUUUGAGUCACGUUAGUUAAUAGUUAUUUUGAUGGACUUUAGUUCUAAAAGUUGUAACGCCACCAGCGUUAAAAAAAUCGUUGUAACUUGUAAAUGGCUAACCCGACGAACCCAAGCGAUAGGUGGUAUUUUACAAAGGAACAGUUAGAAAAUACGCCAUCAAGAAAAUGUGGCUUCGAUGCACACAAAGAGCUUUCCAACCGACAGCAAGCUGCAAACUUCAUUCAGGAUAUGGGACAGAGAUUGAAAGUAUCUCAACUAUGUAUCAACACAGCCAUAGUGUACAUGCACCGGUUCUACGUUUUCCAUUCUUUCACACACUUCCCUUGGCAUCAAAUGGCGGCUGCAGCUUUAUUUUUAGCAGCAAAAGUAGAAGAACAACCAAGGAAAUUGGAAUAUGUUAUCCGUGUAGCAAAUAUUUGUAAAAAUAGCAGAGAUACAACUAUUGAUAUUAAUUCAGAAAGGUACAUUGCCCAGUCUCAAGAUUUGGUGUUUAAUGAGAACGUGUUGCUUCAAACUUUGGGAUUCGAUGUGGCCAUAGAUCAUCCUCAUACCCACGUGGUAAGGUGCUGUCAUUUAGUGAGAGCUAGUAAGGAUCUAGCUCAAACUUCGUAUUUUAUGGCUAGUAAUAGCUUACAUUUAACAACAAUGUGUAUACAGUACAAACCAACAGUAGUAGCUUGUUUUUGCAUCCUGGUUGCUUGCAAAUGGUCUAAUUGGGAGAUCCCGUUGUCUUACGAAAAAAAAGAAUGGUAUUCCUACGUGGAUCCCUCUGUAACAGCUGAGCUGUUACAACAAUUAACCGAAGAAUUUUUAGUGAUAUUUGAAAAGUGUCCUUCAAGGCUAAAGGAGAAAAUUAUGGCCAUAGCCGAUAAUGUUAGUCACAUUCCUUCGCACCAUAUUAUCUCGCCUUUUGAUGAUCCUAAGAAGAAGCAUCAACCAGAGGAAGGGAAAGACGGACAUUCCCACAGAUCUUCUGGUUCCGAUAAUGACCCUCAUAAGCACAGAUCAUCGCGACCACACGAAAUGGGUACCACUAGCAGUAGUAGUAGUACUGGUAACAGUACCCAGCAUCAUAGAGAAAGAGACAGGGAGAGGGAACGUCGCGAAAGACAACAACAACAACAAAAAGCUAUUGUGGGAAGCGGUAGUAGUAGUAGCAGCAAUUCCGCAGGUGGUAACAGCAGUAGUAUGAAGUCUUCUUCUCAUCAUAGCAGCAGCAGUAGUGGUCAUCAUAGACCAGAACGACCGCCUAUGGAUCCGAAAAUGAAACCACCAUCGCGACCUCAUUCCAUGCCCUAUCCGCAACCCAAGGAUAUUCUAAGAGAAGCAGCAACGAGAGAUUCGCCGUUCGGAUUAGCUAGAGAUUCUAAUAGAGAUUACACCAAGGAACCUCAUCUGGCACGUUCCGAUAACAAAGAUCCUAACAAACGCGAUUACCAGUAUAAAAAUAAUAAUCAAAAUCCGGAUAUGAACAAUACAAAUUCGUACAGCGACGCAAGAUUGAACUAUUCGUCGGAAAAACAAAGACUCGAUUCUAAUGGUAGAUCUAGAGUAGAUCCAAAUAAAUUAACUUCGAAUACGUCUCGUAAUAGACAAGACGAAUCGAAAUCUCAUUUAGAAAAUAUUAAGAAACAUUUAAGUGCGGCACCUCAGGAUAAAAAUAGUAGUUAUCUUAAUAAACCGAUUGCCGGUAACGAAAUACCGAAAUCCGUCCCGAAGACUAACGUAACCCCAGUUAAUUCUAAUAACAAUGUGAAAGUGACUAAUACGAACAGUGGUACUUAUGCUCCGCCUAUUAAUAGCGAUAUCAAACCGAAAAUUGAACCGAUCGUUGUUAAAGAAGAGGUACCGACACCUCACGUCAUUAAAAGACCGAGUUUGUUUUCCCCCGAAAAAACUCCUCCGCAAAAAUACAGUGUUCCUAAUAAUACCGCGACCGAUAAUAUUAUGUCGUUCGUUUCACCUCUAACGUCUCCGGUGGCUAUCAAACGGGAGAGAAAUUAUUCCAGUAGUUCGGAACCAGAGUUAAGGCCGGUUAUGAAGAAAAUUGAUCAAGUUGAAGGGUUCGAAACUUUGAUGCGCGAUAACACGAUAGGAAUUGAUAAAGAUAGACAAACGCCCGAUCACAUAAAUAAAAUUAUUGAAGAUAACAACGCCGUCAAUGUUCAGGAUAUUAAACAACAAAUCGAGAGUAACGGCGACGAUAGUACCGCUAAUAAUUCUAGGUUACCAUCACUUCCACAGCCAACAGUUAAUGGUUUGGUAUCUACUGAUCCAACCGUCAUUAGUAACUUGUUGAAAGAAGCUUCUACGGUUUCUCAUCUACCACCAGUUAUAAAAACCGAAAUUGUAACAGAAGCGCAAACUGACAAAAACCAUUAUCAUCAUAAAAGUAAAAAGAAGAAUAAAGAUAAACACAAACACAAAGAUAAAAAUAGAGAGGACAAGGAAAAGAAAAAGAAGCAUAAAGAUAAAGAACGCGAGAAACAUAGACACAGAGAAAAAGUACCGGAAGUUACGCCGACUCCAGCUAUCGAACCAUUAGUUUUGAAAAUCCAGAAAGAUAAAAUAAUUAGGGAUUCACCUUCCCAAGGACUGAAAAUCAAAAUACCGAAGAAUAAGAUAAAUACCGAAAAUAUUUCAGAAUUAUCUCAUAACGCAGCACCUAUAGUCGCCCCUAUUACGGAGGGCAUCAAAUUGAAGAUUCCUAAAGACAAGCUCAACAAUUGCCCCAAUUUGGACAGUAGCAUGUCGAGGAAAAGAGAGCGGGAUAGAAAGGACCGGAUUUCUCCGGAUGGUCCUCCGGCGAAAGUGUCAAAAUCCAGUAUUAAAGAAGCAAAAACGAACGGAAAAUACUCCAAUAAUAAUAAGGUGGUGCAAUCAGGUGAAGGCGCAACGUCACUAUCGAUACACAGGUUGGCCGAAUCUAAGUAUACACACAAGAGUUCCACGUCCUAGAUAAGUGACUUACAUACAUACAUGAUGUUCCUUUUUUUAUCGGGAACACCCUGUAUACGAAGUAGAAUUACAGAAUCUGGGUGUCAAAUAUUGUGGUUCCUCACGAUUUGGAGAAAAUAGUUGGAGAAUCGUGUUGAUUAAGGACUACAACAAUUUCUGACUAUUUUCUGAUACAAUUUUUGUUUAAGUUUUUUUUUUUUUUAGUUACAACGUAGGUUUAGAGACUGAUUUUUUUUCCUAUUUGACAAGCGACGGACGAAUUUAUAUCUUGCUUCAACAAAUUAUAAAAAAAAAUUACAUAAAUUUUUAUUCCUGAAAAAGUUAUACAAUCGUUCUUUUUAUUUAAAAUGAUUAUUUUAUUUAAGCCAUUUUAAUUUAUUUUUAUACAAAAAAUUAUUUUUUAUAGUCCAUUUGUUUAGCGAAGCGAAAGCAAUAACGAUAUGGUGUUACAGGGUGGUUAUAACAUUUACACUUUUAUAUAGUUUUAUGGUAUAUUUUUUUAUGUGUAAUUUUUGUAUUUACUAUAUAUAUAUAUAUAUAUAUAUAUAUAUAUAUAUAUAUAUAAUCUGUUUCUUUUUUUACUUUAUAGAGUGUAGGGGUGUUAAUUUCACUAUUUAGAUAAUUCCUUUAAAAAAGUUUGCAGUUCUUUUCAUUUUCCUCAUAAUUUUUCGCUUCAACCCGUGAUUUUUCCUUUUUUAUGAAUUUCCUUUCGUAGUGUCCCAUGUUGCUAGGGGUUUUCCUUUUUCCUGACAUUUUCCUUUCCCAUAUUUUCUUAACUGGCACUGUGUUAUCCAUUAUUUGUAGGUGGCCCCCACCAAACUAGUUGUCUCCUUUAGGUUUAACGUUUAAAUCUUUUUUAUGUGCGAUUUUCUGAGUAUAUCUCUGCUGUAACACUUUUGCUUUUUGUAUUUUUCUGUAAAUAUCAAAGAUUCACAGCCAUAUGCUAGAAUUUCCUUUGGAGAUUUCUUUUCUUGUUCCCUCUAUUCUAUAGUUGAGCUCUAAAUCCAGUCUUCUUGUUUUUUCUAUCAUAAUUCCUAUGUAUUGAAAGCUACUAACUUGUUCUUUAAGUUUCUUUUCAAAUCUAAUUUCAAUUUUUUCUUUUACAUUUUCCACGACCAUAACUUUAGUUUUCUUUUUGUUUAUUUUCAUUCCGUUUUCUUUGAAUAUUUGUUUCCAGUUGUUUAAAUUUUCUUGUAGAUCCUUCUGAUUAUCUGCUAUGAUUAUCAUAUCAUCUGCAUAUUUAGUUGUCGAAAUCCAAUAUGAAGAGGUUUAGUUUUUCUUUUUUGUACUUCUAAAUUAUUCAUCCAUGAAACCUGAGGAUAAUAAUGGACUCAGACUGUCUCCUUGUCGCACUCCUUCAUGUGUUGUGAACGUCUUUGAUUUCAUGUUUCUUUAUACGGGCAAUUAGUGAUUAGUGGGACUAUAUCGAAAGCUUUUUCCAUAUCUAAGAAUGUAUAAUGAUUUGGAUUUUGCUAUUAUUCUAUAAAUGAUUUCUUUUGUAGUGAACUCAUGAUUUUCUGCUUUUCCGGAAUUCACUUUGCAUCCUUUCCAAAGUUGGUUCUAUUUUAGCUCACAGCUCUUUUAGUUUGCACUGGUCAUAUCAAACCCAUUAUUUUCUUGAGACUUAAGAAAUAUGUAUUUAGAUGAGAAUAAUAAUUUGAAAAUAUUAUACUUAUAUAUAUAUAUAUAUAUACAAAUUAAAAAAAAAUGAGGUUAUAGUUUAUGAAGAUUAAACUUAUUUUUAUUACUUUCAAUCAAGUAAAAUGACUUCUUUCGCUAAAAUAUAUUUUAUUUACUAAGAUCCUUCAAGUUUGGAUUGAUUUUUAAUGAUUAAAUUGGUUUACGGUUCACCUAGUAAGUCGGUUUAUGUAUUUUUGGUAAUAUCGAAAAGAAAAAUUCCUGGAUAUCAGUUAGAGGAUUUUUUGGACCCUACGACUUAAAAAUUAUGACUGGCAAUACCUAACCUAACCAAAAAUCGAAUAAUUUAAAAUUAUUUUUCACUUUAAUAUCUUUAUUUUUGUAAAAAUCUUUUUUUAACAAUAUUGAAACGUCUACAAAGGUGAUAAGUUCAAUAACCAAUUAUUUUUUUAAUCGAAAUUUAUAUUUUUAGUUAUUUUUAAACCCACUUUAUUUCCGAAAAAAUAUUUUUCAAACCUAUUUUUAAUGUUUUUUGAAAAAUAAAUAACUACAACGUUUCGUAUGUGAUCAAAUAUGGCAUAUCAAUUGAAAUUUGUAAAAAGCAAUGAUACAGGAUGUAUCCGAAGAAAUUAUACUGAUGGCAUAUUUCUUUUUUUAUAUUUCGAUUACAUUUUUUCAAUGGAUUAAUCUUUUUAGAGGCAUUUACUAUUAACUGCAAUAAAUUUACUACUAUUUUGAAAAUCUUAAGUGAGAUGUCACAUAUUCUCACUAUUUCCCGAAUUCCCGUGGGAUUUAGUGAGGUUACGUUUGAAACUUUGAUUAUAUCAUUAUAUUUUGGAAAAUUAUUGUUCAUAAUUUGUUUCAGUGGGAAUUUUUGACUUAUUUACAAGAUCCUUUCAAAUUUCUUCUUUUUUCAACUUGUCAUUAGUUAUUUUCAGCCCUUGGUGACAUGUCGUGUAAUUUAUCUUUAUCCUAUCCCUCUUCCAUUAAUCUUAAGGGAAAUUUUACAUAAUCAACCUAUUUACCCAAUCCUCCAAUUGAUCCCACGUGGGAUUUAGUGAGGUUAUGUUUGAAACCUAUUUUUUUAUGCACAUUUCCUUUUAAAGGAGCAGACUGCAAUAAAUUCACUUUCCGUUAUUAUUUACAAUUUGUUUCAGUGUAGAUUUAUCAAAUUUUUUUCUAUUCCCUUUUCAACUUGCCAUUAGUUCUUUUCACCAUCUAGUGACACGUCUUCUAAUUGCGUUGAGUAAUAUCCUUCAAAGUAGUCAACAGUUUGAAUUAAACAGUUUUUCCAUUUUUUGAGGCAGUCCUGUAAAGUACUUUUCCAUCGUAUUAAUUUCAACAGUCUCUUCGUUAUCUAACUAGCCUCCUUGAGGGACAUUUUUAAUCUACAAAAGAGCUAAAAGGUAGUUACAUCGGGACUGUGUAGAGGCUGGCGAAGCUGUACGACUAUCGUAUGAGAUUUUUUUCAUCAUUUUUUAAAAUCUCUUCUCACCCCAUGGUGACAUAUAGUGUAAUUUAUAUUUACCCCAUCUCUCUGCUCCUAAUUUUAAGUCAAAGAUCACACAUUCACACAAUUUUUCGAAUUCUCCCAUUGACCACACGUAGGGUUUUGUGAGGUUAUGUUUGAAACCUAUUUUUUUGAGUCACAUCAUCAAUAAUUUAAUUUUCAGUUAUUAUUUACAAUUUGUUUCAGUGUGGAUUUAUUGAUUUUUUUCGAUCUCCUCCAUUUAUUUAUCUCCCCAUCUCCCUCCCCCUAAACCUGAGAAAAAUUUUUCGAAAUUUCUAUUUUUAGUAUUGGAUUUAUUUAAUACAAUAAAAAUUGCGUUAUUUUCAUCAUAACUAGUAUUUAGAUAUUCUGAUAUUUUCAUUUAUUCCCCCCUUUGACCCCACUCGGGUUUUAACGAGUUUAGAUUUAAAAACUACUUAGUUCCAUUUACAAUUAAGGGGACUGCAAUAAUUUCACUAUCAAUUAUUUUUUGAAUUUAUUACAAGAUCUUUUCAAAUUUAUUUUUUUUUAAACUUAUCACUAGUUUUUCAGUUAAAUUAUAUACAGGAUAACCUUAAACUAUGACUUCAGGAUUUAUAGUAUUAGAGCUACUUCUAUCGAAGAGUAUUUAGAGCUCGCUGUCCAGUUCCAAAGUCUUUAUGUAUUCUAGUAUCUGGGUAUCUGGUAUCGACUGAAAUAUAUUGAAUUUAUAAUUGUUAUAAUUUUAAAAUAUGAAAAACCAGUCAGAAAUUUGUCAUUUGAUUAAUUCAUUUGUUAAAUAAUAAGAACGAAUGUAUAACUAGGAUGAAGUAAGCUUUAAGACCGUUCGCUGUCAACUUUGUAUAUAUAAAAAUCGGCUGUAAAUUUUUUUCUCUAGUAAAUAUUAGCAAAAAAAUGUAUAAAUAAAAUAAAAACGAACUAUAUUGGAAGAAAGCAUAGUUAAACUUGAUUUCUGUAGUUGUUCUUCGGCCAAGUAAAGCAGUGUUUUUUUUUAUUUAUUUUUUUUUAUUAAAUAGAAUACUUUGCUUAAGAUUCAUAUAAGGUAGCCCAAUAGCGUGGCUUGACUGAAAAUCCCUUUCGCUAUAGAUAAUACUAAAAAAAUCUUUAAAAGGUAUAAAAAGGACCCCGUAAUUCAAUACAACUACUAAUCAUGCUGCAUGACUUUUUUAUUGUUUUAUAUAAAUGCACCUUUGUGAUAACGACUGUUAGGAUAGUUUUUUUUUAUUAAACAUUUGCAAUUCCUAUCCGAGAUAUUUCAUAUCAAUUUUUCUUCAAUUAACUUAUUUUUAGAAAAGUGUUUUUAAAAUAUUAAUUUCAAUCGAAUUAAAUAUAUUUGUCAGAAAAUAUUUGUAUAUAGAAACUGAAAAUCGAAGAGAAAUGAUAUUUUUAACAACAACUAGAAUUUAAUUCAAUUUAUAUUGUUAUUAUUUUAUUUUUGAAACUAUUUCUUACAUAUUAGAAAAAAAAAUAUUUUUUUGUCGUGUAUACAAAUGCUUUCUAAUUAUUUAAAAUUUCAUAGUAUAUAAGUUUUAUUCGUAAAUUUAUAUUUAUUUUAAAUAAAAAUUGCACAUACCUUUUUGUAUUAUUUAUAUAAGUGGAGAUGAUAGUUUUUGUCACAUUAUUGGGCAGUCCGGUAUAUACUAAUACGGGUAUUUAUUUAUUAAUGAAUUUCAGAUCAUUAUCAUUUUUUUCCUUUUUUUUUUAUUGAUUUCGUUCUAAUGACAUCGAAUGCGUUGUUAUAUUUAGAUGAUGCCAACUUGACAUGUUGCUUUGUUGGUCUUAUAUCGACAACAUUUAAUUAUUGUGUUUAAUUUUGAAAAUGGUAGAAUUUGAAAUGAACUUAAACGAGAAAAUAAUUCCUAAUUUUUUAUAAAACAAAAUGUUGUACAAAAAUUAAUAAAAUGAUUACAAAAAUUAUUGAGUUUUAAUUGUAUCAGUUUGAAUUGGAACCUGAAUUACCAAAUUAAAUAAAUGUACUCAUAUUUUUAAAGAAUUUCCAAACAAAAAAAUAUAAAAAAAAACAGAUACGAGGUUUGUCCCAAAAGUACCAAAUCUACAUUCAUUGGAGUGAUUCUUCUUCAUUCGAUAAGUGACAUCCUUCGAAGUAGUUAACCUAUUAAAGUACAAGUUUCCAACUCGUGAAAUAAUCCCAAAUAUUAGUUUUCCAUCAGAAUAUCUCAUUGUCAUCCAGCCGGUGUUUUUGAGUGACAAUUUUAAUUUGGGAGAGCUAAAAGCUGAAAGUAGCUAUAGCGGGUUUGUAUAGCUUCUAGUGAAUCUGAGGUGUUUUUGAUCAUUUUUUUCAACUUCUUCUUACCCCAUUGUUGUGGGAUCAGCAAAUCACAUGUAAACGCUUCAAAAUUAGUUUUUUUAAUCAUUUUUAAAAGAGAUAAAAAUUGACGUUCCGACUAAUUUUAAGUCUAAAUUAAAAUAUUUUGAUAAAGACUCAAAAGACUUUUCACUUCUUAGAUCUUUUCGUACGAUUUUCCGUGAUAAUUUGUCUUCAGUUUAGGUUUCUUUUCCAUUAAAAUCAGUUGUAAGUCAUGUAAAAAUUUUUACAUGUUAUUUUAAAUUUAAAAUAAAAAAAGACCUAAAAUCAUUUAAAUUAUCAGCAAAAACAUACAAAAAGGUCUAAGAAAAGUAAAAAGUUGAAGAAAAUUAUAUUGGCAUUGAUGAAAUAAUCCUAUUAUUGGACGUAUAUGGAAAUGAAACAAAACAAAUCAUGAAAAAUUACGAAAACAUCCAAAGAACCAUUUAACUAUCACUAUAUUAAUACCGCCUGGUUUUUUGAACUCUGGAUAUGAAUUUAUGGAAACCUCAGUAUCAACUAGUAUUGUUGUAUGUAUAUUCAUUGUUUUCAAUGGAUAUUUCCAACUUCUUCUAUUUACUAUCUCGAUCCUUUCACAGAAUGUUUGGAAAUAUUGAUACUAUUAAAAUCAGUUAUAAUACAUUACAUAUGAUGUAUUUUUAAAUGCAAGUAGUGGUGAAAUAUUUGAAUAAUUACAAAUUUCAGCUGUUAAACUUAUACUUAGACAGAUACAAAUGAUAUCAAAUUUAAAUUGAGGUUAAUUUUCAAAUUUAAUAACUUUUUUCAUAAUCUUUCAAAAAUUGUUUGUAUCUUUUAAGAGCAGUUACAAAUUCUACCAUAUUAUUUGAGGGCAAUCUGUCUUUUGGAUGCUUUUCGACUUCCCUUUUUUUAAUACAACAAAAAUGAUGGGAGUAUAUUUUUAAAUUUGUUCGUAUUGAUUGCGAAUUUCUAACAAUUAGUUUUUUAUUUUCGCCUUUUUUAUCUGUAAGUAUAAAAUAGUUGAGGGAGAUUUAUUAUUUAUGAAUAUACCUCUAAAUGACUUUGUAGAUAUGUAUUAACAAACAAUAAACUAUACCUUCCUACUUAUAUGUAAUUAUGACAAAUUAUAGUGUAUCAUUCUAACAUUUUUAACAAAUCAUCAUCGAUUAUCAAAUAACCUUUAUAAGCAUUGAUGGUAUAAUGAUGGUCAUCAAAGAGCGAAAAUUUAUUCAUUUUGUAAAACUAUAAUGGAAUUACAAACUUAGAUAAGAAGCCCAUCAUUAAGAAUCGUACAGAGUUGUACAUAAUAUAAUAAGCGAAGAAAAUUGCACUAAAAUUAAAUACAUAGAUGGAUUUUUUGUUUCAAAGUUUUAUUUGCCUUUCCUUUUCAGUUCUGCCAUAAUACCUUGAAGAUUUGGCAUUAAGUUUUACUUCGCAUAUGGGAAUUAACCUAUCAGGUUUCUUUUUAAAAAAUUUCCUGAAACAUUCCUUUUGCGUCUCAUCGUCAUAUCUUGUCAAUUUUGUAGAAUGUAAUCUGGGAAGUAUUUGUCAAAAACUUUGUUUCCUGGAUAGCAUCUUUUCUGGACAUUCCUCGGCUACAAAGUCGACUAAAAACAGUUGUAAUCACUUUUUGACCAUCUGUUGACAUAUAUUUUGAAUUAUUCAGAUUCAUUAUUUUCUCAGUAACAUUUGAUUUAGUAUCUAUAAUUUUAAAUGAUUCACUGAUUCUGAAAAUUAAAUUUAAUGCCAACCUGGACAAAUUGUUUACUAUUCAGUUCUUAGUGGAAGGUCCCUUAUUUCUUUUCAUGAAGAUUUUCGCUAUUUGAUGACGGGCAUCACAAUAUGCUUUAAAAGAAGCUUUAAGGAACUAACAACCAAAUAAUAUUCAAAUUUAAACAUUAAUUUCGAUAUAAAAUGAUCUUUACGAAUAUAAAAAGUUUCUUUUUAUAUUCGUUCUAAACUAAAUAUUCAAGUGAAGACACUUCCAAAGUUAUCUAUAAUCAUUUUAAAAGUCCUGGCUUGUACGUUAUAAAAGACAUAUAAUAACUCAAAUUAUUAAAAUGUUUUUUUAUUAAGAAAUACAUUAUACACACUUUGCAUAAUUUUCAAUAAACCGCUUUAUUUUAUAUUAUGUCGAAAACAAGUAUCAAUCUAGUAGAAAUCUUGUAAGAACACGCUAAGAAAGGUAAAAUGUACUUUAUAAGAUAACAAACAACUAAUUGUUUAAUAAUGAAAUACUAAACACACUUUUUACACUAACACUCACAAUUACACUGUUUGACGCGCGUUUACCUUCAGUCUAUGAAGACGAUAACUUGGCUAUCGAAACGCGCACCAGACAGUGUAAUUGCGAGUGUACUCAAUAUGAGUAUCACCAACGGUUCCAGAAAUUCCAUCUUAGUAAUGAUAAAAUGUUACUUUUUUCUAACCUCUCAAAUACAGUUAAUUCGAUACUUGUAUCUAAUAAAUAUCAGAUUAUCAUACUAUAGAUUAAAAAAUUUCUUUAAUGGGGAUUCCGUUAACUCAUUGAAAUAAAAUACUUCCAACGCCCUUGAAGUCGUUGCUUUAUUCGUGUUUCAGAUUAGUUUGUUAUUUAUUUGCACUAUUUUGAGGUCUUUCUUCCGUUUUACUUUACAGCGUUGCCGAUUUUAGUAGAUAACUUACCUAGGUAUACUUCCAAAACGAAUGUCUCAAAUUAAAUAUUAUAUAAGGUGUCUCAAAAGAAAGCUCAUAUUUAAAAAAAAUAGGAAAAGUAAGAAGUUUAUUGCAAAAAUGUUUGAUGCAUAUUAAAAUACAUUGCUUGGAAAUUUGUUAGCGUAAACUUUAGAUUUGAUAUAACUUCACAGAAAAAAAUUCAUAGGUGUUAAAUCGGGACAGCAUGUAGGCCAACUUAUGUCACCUCUCCUAGAGGUUUAAAGCAACAUUACAGGUCAGGCUCGUCACGAACAUACCGAGUAACACUGUCUACAUUUUCGACCUACAUUGGACGCUUGGAUUUGGCUCCUUCAAACUCCUCGAUCCUUUUUUCAAUCAGUCUAGAGCAUGGCGCAACAAUUAAAUGAUGAAUAGGCAAAGGUGAAUUUUUUUUGAGACACCUUGUACAUCUAUUGAAUGUUGCCUUAUUCAAACUAGAUAGAUUUUUUCAAUCAAUAUCGGAAGUAAUAAAAUUUUGUAGAAAAAUUUUCAUUAUAGCCCAAGUUCUAAAAAUUGUAAUUGCCUGCCAUAGCCUUGUUGAUAAAAAAGAUAAAUAGAAUUAGUAUCUAAUAAACUAGAAGUUCAAAUAAAUUUCACCAUUGGCAAUGUCGCCCAAUACCAAGUUAAAGAAAUCUGGCUAUUCAAAACAUCCUCAACAGAUGGCGGGAUUCCAAAACUCAAAUAAGCGUCACAUAAAAAUACAGGACCGGUGUAUAUCUAGAGAAUUUUCAAUCUAAGCAAUUACUUUGAACACUAAUAGUUUUGACUGGAAAUGGCUUCAAUUAAAUCUUGAAUAUUUUCGUUAUUUAACAAAAUUUUACUAAAAAAAUCAUCAUAACGUUGUCAACUUUUCACUUAUUGUAUUUAGCAAAAUUUUAAUUACAUAAAAUGAAGUAAAAAGAUCAAAUAACCUCAAUUUUUAUACAAGAUAUUUUGAUAUAUAGUUUUUAUUUACAACUGUGAUUCAUAUAUUACAUAUUUUCAAUAUUGGGCAGUGUUGUUGAUAUUUUUAUUUCAUUUUUUGGGGAAUUGAAAAAUUAUACAAAAAACUCAGUGAUUGCUACAUCAGAUAAAAUUUCACUAAUAGGAUAUUCUUGUAUGAUUUAAUUAAUCAUCGAGGUUUGUUUUAAUCUGUCCAUAUUAGGAUAUUAAAAACGAUAUUUAAAUCAUUAGAUUUCAUAGAAAAUUAAAAGAAACUGUAUUAUAUUAAUAAUGUAAGAAUAAAUUGUACAUCUUGAUGUUUUUGUAAAUAUAUUCAAAGCGAGUUCCUAGUUUUAAGCCAAAAUAGUGACUAACACGACGAAAUUAGAAAUAUUUUAUUUAAAAAUUUUAGUAAUCAUAUGAGUUUUAAAAAUAAUGGUCUCUUGGGACUUUAGGACAUUUCAUUUGAUGAUUAUAGGAUUUUUCUUAAUGGUUAGUUAAUAAAUUGGUUAACUUAAAUAUUCUUGACUAUCUUUCUAAAUGGGUACAAUAUUGAGAAAGUAGAUGAUGUGAUAGUUAAAUCUUGUUGUGUAUAUACAGGGUAUAUACCAUAAUAUUUUUCUUGAAAUUGAUAUUCUGGAGUUUUCCGAGGAGUUUCAGUUGGAAUAUUUUCAUCUACCACUUCCGUUUAUAUUGAUAAUUUUUUACUCAACUCUUUUUUUUGCAUUUGAAGAUUUAUCAAAAAAAUGAAAUAACUGAAAUCUUGUACCGUUUCCAUUUAAAAAUAACGUGUUUCAUCCAAAAACUAAUUAAAAAUCAAGGUUAGAAUCUAUUUCCUACCUAAACGGAAGUUGUAGAUAACUACAAUGAACAUCUCGGAAAACCCUCGUAUACAAAUUUCAAAAAAAUACAACACGUGAUCGUCAUUUAUGAUACUCUGUAAAGUAAGUAUAAACACAUUGAAAUAUUGAAUGUAUUAUCAGUAACAUCUAUUUGAAUGUUUAAAAAUAUUCUAGAAUUUAUUUUCAAUGAGUUACAAGGAAUUUCUUAACAAAGUAACGGAACGGAUCAGGUCAAUUAUUAUUUGACAAAUAUACAGUACAACUUAUUUAACUGAAAAUAAAUUUCUAGGAAUUUUCUCAACCAACACCCAAAGAUGAAAUAUGUAAUUUUCCAUUAAUCCAAAGUAAUUAUUGUGAAAAUGUUUUUAUUCGAAUUUGUUAUAAAUUGAUGUAUAUGACUAUUACAUAGACAUAAAGUGAAUCUGAUUCGUCCAUAAACGUCGACAAAAGUCAAAUUCAUUUCCGUCGUCGUUUGGUAUUGUACAAUGUGUUGCAUAUUUCAUCCAAUUUAAUCUUUGAAAAUAGCGUGAACGGACAGGUAAAUAAAUUUGCCACAAAAUGAAAAAACUCAUCGACAACUUUAUAAUAUAAAGAAAAUUUCUACAAACAUUAAUAAUUCAAUUUUAAUAGACUACAGGAGUGGACGUCACACACCGCCAUUGCUAGGUCAGGUCGUGUUGCCGAUCGUGUAUACGAUUUUUUCAUAUUUUCGUAAAAAAAUACCUUCUGGCACAAAACACAUUACCAUCUUAUACAACAGUAAACUAUUUGAACACUUUUUAAAUAACUUAAAAGAACACACACUACCACGCAAACUUUGUUUGGAAAGUGAACCAUAACAAUGACGCCCGUGACAUCACGGUCUGAUUGUCUAUUUAAAUUUUGUGAACCAACAUUUUCAGUUGGGAGUGAAUUGUGGUAUAUAAUAGUUUGUGACUCGUGUUGUGAUUUUGUAGAGCCUAACCUACGUUAAUAUUUUCAAUUAUUAAAAAAGAAACUAUCUAAUAUUAACGCAUUUGGUUAAUAAAUAACGUAAAGAUUAAAAUCGUGAGUUUCUCGUUCAAAAACUUUUACUUUUAUCCUUUUCGCCAUUAACAUAAAUUUUUUUUUUCAAUUUGUGGUAUAAAAAUCCAGAGACCAUACAUUAUCUACAAUCAUUGAUAUUUAAUUAGGUAGGGUAAUAUAGCUAUGAAAAUUUAGGAUUAAAAAUAACAUUAACUACAGAUUUACAUCUAUAUAUCUGAGUAUAUAACAAAAAUAUGUCUGAAUAAAUACGAUCAUGUUUAUUUUUACUAAUAUGGUAGAUAUUGAAUUAAAAGUUUCCAAUGUCUAAAUGUGUCUUUUAAUGCAAAUUGAUUCAAUAAAUGAAUAUUUUCAUUAUACUGGAAAUACUGUGACUUCGUGUCUAUUUUAAGGGUUCUUGGGAUAAUUUGCUGUAUCAUUUGCAUAUAUGUAUAUAAAAAAUUAAAUGAUAUUGCCUUUAUUGAGUAGAUUAAACAGUUUUUAAGCAAACAAAUGGAUCAUUUACAUCAGGCCUAUAAUUCAAAAUAUCACUGAAAAUUUGAUGGAUUCUAUGGUUCUAUUUUUAAAAUUUUGUUGGUUGAGAUUCAACCUUUAGUUGAAGCCGAGUUUACGCAUUAUGAACAUUAGAUAGAGGUCGAUUGGAUGGUUUACGGUCGAUUGGUUCAACCUUAACGAAAGUUAAGUUCACGUGGAAACUUCCAACAAAACUAGACUUGACUGACACACUCCUGUGCAAAUGUCAGUUCACUCGGGUUUGAUUGGUUAAAAUUGAACUCUCAGUGCAGCCAACGCAAAUUUUUCAGCAGAAAGCUCAGGUUGCCCAACGGAUGUUUGCAAAUGCAUUUAAUACCGGAUGUUAAUCAUCGGUAAAAUUUCGACGGGCGGUUGAUUAACGUCAGGUCGAGCAAAACUUUCAUCAAUACUGACAGUUAGUGUAGCUCGGUUGUAGUUUCCACCCACUGUUUUGUUUUCAAUGAAAUCAGUUAUUUCAAGUCAACACUUUUCAUCAAUCAUUUACCAUUUUGUUUAUAUAGAAUAUAGAUUAUUUAAAAAUCUAUUUUGUAAACAAAAUUAAUUAUUUAUUUUAUAAAGUUGAUUUGCCCGAUGGAUUUCUAUCGCCUUUUAAUUUACUAAUAAUGUACUGCAUUACUAUAGGAAAAUCUGUUUCAUUUUAUUUGUUGUUGUUAUGAAAACCUUAAUUUUCUUAAUAAAACUUUUAAAAUAUCAA